GACAGGCACUUCCGGGUGAUGUAAAAUAUAUAUAGUAGUGUGUUCUGUGCGAGUUAUUAACAUGUGAACGAUAGAUUUAGUCUUUACAUAUCUAAAUAUUGUUGGCUGGAAUUAAAUAUGGAAUGAAAUGACUUUUAAAAUGAAAUAGAUAGAAAACGCAAACACGCUUGAAUCAGACCCAGGGCGUGCUACAGCAUUAGCACAGCGUCCGACUGCUUAAAGAGAUCAGACAAAUGACCUCUAGUGGCUCUCUCCUCUAAUGACUGCAUGAAUUGGGACAAAUACAGUAUGGAAGCUAAAAGGGACAAAGAUUAUGAAACAGAGUGUGCAAAGAUCACUCCUGGGCUCCUGAAGUCUCGAACUGGGGAAUUUGAUUUGGAGUCCAUCUUAUUUCUCAAACUAAGGAGUCUAGGAAUAUAUGAUCUUGGAUGCAUUGGAGAAUGUAUAAACUUGGAAAGGCUGGACCUCUCUGGAAAUAAUAUUACAAAUCUAGCACCUCUUGCAUCACUUCGACUCCUGCUUGUGCUUAAUCUGUCAGCUAACAGGAUUUCCAACAUAGAGCCCCUCUCUAGUUGUGAAAGUCUACAAAGUCUGAACAUGGCAGGAAAUCUUAUUUCCAGCAUUGAUAGCCUCCAUGCUUUAAAGACUUUACGGAAAUUAGAGAGUAUUCGGCUGAAGGACAACACCUACAACUACACUAAUUCAGUUUGCAAGAACUCUGCAUACAGAAACACAAUCCUUGAAUUGUUUCCAAACAUCAAAGUGUUUGAUGGGGAGCGGGUGGUUGGACGUGGAAGUGAUCUGUACCAACUGUGCAAGGACAUUGAUGACACAAUAAAAGCAGGCAUGUAUAAAAAUGGCCAGCUGCCAGAAGUGCCAGACUGUAAGCCAUGGGUGGAAGAUGGGUUUUGGGAGAUAAAAAGAUCAAAUAAUGCCAUUGUUGAAGAAGCCUACAAACAAUUUAAUGAUGUUCUUCAUGAAUGCAGGCAGCUAAACAGAAGAGCAGCUCAUGCAAUUUCACAAACUGAGAGGACACUUGGCCUUAAAAACCCACCAAAGCAGUAUUCUGUUUGAAAUAAGCUUCUACUGCACACACAUCACCAGUGCCACAACUCUUGAAUAUUUAGUGCUUGGAAUACAAUGUUUUAGUUACUGUACCUCCACUGCUGACCUCACAUUUAUAGACUGGAGACUCAGGAUGUUCAAACUGAGAUUUGAGAUUGUCACACAAAGCUGUGUAAGGUCUGAUAUUGCUUUUAACAGUACUGGCUUUUUAGAUGGCAAAGAGAAAUAUCUGUUGUUUUGUAGUUAUGCUUGUAUUUAUUGACCACCCUUGGUUUUCCUAUGAUACAGUCCUUAUUUAAUUUUUAUUGUGUAUUUAUUUUUAUUUUAUUUCGCAAUUUUACAGUGUUUUUGCUUUUUGCACUUUGCCUACAUUUUGUCAGAUUCUAACCUUCCCCAAUGUUAAACUGUUACA